AUGUUAGCUCAGAGCUCUUUCUUGGCAAGUUGGGGGUGCAAGAUCGACACAGCCAAUUACGCCGCCGUGCUCCUGAGUGCCACUGCAGAGGUUUUGCAGACAUUUCGCUCCAAAAUGCUUCAGUCCGACUACAUGUACUACGGAGGCGCAGGCAAAGAGCCAGAGGCGCUUCCGCAAGUGGAUGCUGCAGCCACUGAGGCCCUUGCUGAGAAUGACAGCAUCGUGGCGCCAAGCUCUGGCUGGCUUGUACAGCAUUUCUUGAAGUCGCAUGGCGGCUUCAAGAACAUCGAAAAAAUCCUCCUGGAGAUACCGCAGAAAUGGGCUGCGCGGAGCAAGCCGUUGCUGAGCGGCAAGCAUGAGGACAAGAAGAAUCGGUGCUGGGCUGCUUUUUGCGCAAGAGCCCCUGACUACUUCGCUACAGUGCUGGCGGAUAUACCAUCAAAGAACUUUGGCAAGACCAUUCUACAUGCUCUUGCCUCCUUCACCCCUGUUUCCUUUGCCGCCCCCUCUCAUCCCAAAAACAUGCAGCGCGGACACUGCCAUGACAAGCACAGCGACAGGAGAUAA